AAUAUGUUAAUAUUUAAAACAGAUUGGGUAAAUAAUUUUGUUACAUUAAAUAAAAUCAAUAAUGCUGGUCAAGUAUUCCUAUCCAUACAUCCAAAAAUCAAAGACCUAAAAACAAAUUGAGGGUCCUCUCAAAAGCAAACCCGAUUGGACCCAAACAGUCCUGUAGAAAUCUGAGCUUGGGUCCUUUGGAAAAUGAUUUCACUUCAUCUGAACAGAUCUAAUAGUAAAACUGUUUUCCAAAGGCCUGAACUCACCAUGCCUACAGAUGUGUUUGUGACCUUUUUGGCAAAGAUAAAAAUUUGCUCUUCAACUCAUUUGAGUCUGUUGGAAACAAGCAAAGUUUCUUUUUCCCUCCCAUUUAGACCUGGAUGGACCUAUACAUAUUUUGGAUCUAUCCGAAAAUCAAAAAUAUCUUUUAUCUGAGAAACAGCUGGUCCUGAGGUUUUCAGAUAAAGGAUUCCUUUACAGCAAGUCAAAAAACAAUGAUCUUUCUUCACCCUGUGAAUUGUAUCAUUGCAGCUACAAGCAAGUUAGUCACAUAGUUCUAGCACAGCACUAUGUUGACAAAAGCACUUGAAAGAAAACAUACACAACAUCAGAUGAACGACACUCAUUGGAAUUCAAUACGUGACAUUUUCGAAAGACUCAAUGAGCAAAGAAAACUGGAUUAAACCUCAUCGUUCAGAAUCCCUGUACCCCAUGAAGCAGAACUGAAGCUUUCUGUAAAUCUGGAGAGGAUAUUGGCUUGCAAUUCCUUAUGAAACCUUUUUUCCGAUAGAGUGGAAAAUGCUCCCAGGGGUCGGUGUGUUUGGGACAGGUACGACUGCACGGGUUUUGGUGCCACUGUUGCGUGCUGAAGGUUUCACCAUCGAGGCACUCUGGGGAAGAACAGAGGAAGAGGCCAAGCUGCUGGCAGAGGAAAUGAACAUUUCAUUCUACACGAGUCGGACUGAUGAUGUUUUGCUCCAUCAGGAUGUGGAUCUUAUUUGCAUCAAUAUUCCUCCCCCCCUCACCUGCCAGAUUGCUGCUAAAGCAUUAGGUAUUGGAAAGAAUGUGAUUUGUGAGAAAGCAGCAACUGCAGGAGAUGCCUUCAAAAUGGUGAAAGCAGCUCGUUACUAUCCUAAACUCAUGAGUAUUGUCGAUAAUGUACUUCGGUUUCUACCAGCAUUUGUGAAGAUGAAGCAGUUAAUUGAAGAAGGCUACAUUGGUAAUGUCAUGAUCUGUGAUGUACGUGUAUAUUGGGGCAGUCUUCUCAGCAACAAAUAUAACUGGAUUUGUGAUGAACUAAUGGGUGGUGGCGGGCUUCACACAAUGGGCACUUAUAUUGUAGAUCUGCUGACUCACUUGACCAAUAAGAAGGCUGAGAAGGUCCAUGGCCUCCUGAAAACUUUCGUGAAACAAAACGAUAACAUACAUGGAAUCCGACACGUCACUAGUGAUGAUUUCUGCUUCUUCCAGAUGUUAAUGAAUGGUGGUGUGUGUAGCACUGUUACACUCAACUUCAACAUGCCUGGCCCAUUUAUCCAUGAAGUCAUGAUUGUGGGAUCCAUGGGCCGUUUGGUUGCUCGAGGUGCAGACUUGUAUGGGCAAAAAAAUACUUCCUUCAAGGAGGAGCUGCUGCUUGCUGAUACCAUGUCUGUAAACACACCUGGGCUGCUAGAGAAAGCAUUCAGCGAUAUUCCCCUUAUAUAUUUAAAGGGCACUGUUUACAUGGUGCAAGCCUUGAGCAAAUCCUUUAAGGAUCAAGAGGAUCGGCGUACCUGGGCCCACAGGCCAGUUUCAAUGGCUGCAUCCUUUGAAGAUGGUCUUUAUAUGCAAAGUGUUGUGGAUGCUAUUAAGAGAUCGAGCAGGUCUGGGGAAUGGGAAGUUAUUGCUAUGAUAACAGAAGAACCAGAUUCUAAUCAGAACCUAUGUGAUGCCUUGCAACGUAAUAACCUGUAAUAACAUUAUGGAGUAAUAGCACAGUAGAUACAUUUCACCAAAAACAGAACCUUAUUCCAAUUCAAAGAUCAUAUUUAAAGUAACAAAGCAAUUUCAGGUUAGUUCUUGUAAGUACAUUAUAGAUACUGUGUUUAUUUGAAUUGUUUCCGCCUAUGCAGUUAUAACUGCGCAAGUGUCAAUAAACCAUCCUAUUCCAUUCUUAAGCUCUUAAAAAAAAUUCUAAAUUUUAACCUUUGUCUGUUAACAGACUAUUUCAACAAACUCUCACAUAACAGUAGUUCAUGAGCAAAGAGUGAGAACAGUGCAAGUGUUGAAAUUGUGCUUGGUCAUUCCUAAAGCCACCCUGGAGGCAAAAUGGAUGUAUUCAAUAUUUCAAAAUCAAUUCUUACAGGCAGAAAACACAUUUAUUCAUAGAAAUUUAAAUAAGGAUUCUAAUACAGCAUGGAAAAUCGUAGGCUGGCUGUAAAUUGUACAUUUUCCUGUUUUGUAUUGCUCCUUGUUCAGGGACAUUCCUUUAAAAUUUCAAAAGAAACCUAGUAUGAUCCUGAAAAUUUUCCCUUUUCCCAAAGGUUAAAUUGCAUAUUUAAUGGCAGUUAAACCUAAUUCAUUUUGUGACUUGGAAAUUUGUUGCAACCUGGAUAAUUCUCUCUGUAUGGUUUUCAGACUUUAAUGCACGCACUAAUCCUGACCUUGACGAGGGUAUAGUUCCUUCUGUACAAUCCAAUGUAAUCACUGUAAGAGUACCCAUGGCCUAUUUUCAAAGGGAGAACCAGGUGAGCAGAUUCAGUUAGGAAACAGAAAUCACAAGCAAUUUUGUAUAAGUUUUAAUGCCGUUAAGCCUUUUGAAUUCACCAGGUUUGCUUAAGGUUUUGUACAUAUAAUAGAAAAGUCUGUGAGGAUAUGAACUAUAUGGAAUGAAGGUACAUUGUUAUCUGUAGUGCCUUAUUUAGGCCAGCCUCUACACUCUGCCCUGCCUUUACAUGCAUAAAUAUCCAAACACACUAACCUGAUUAAUUGGCAGACUUCAUUUUUUGACAAUGUUAUUAGUGAUCAUGUCAUAGCAUGCAAUUAUUGUUUCGUACUUAAGUAAUUAACUUCCGAUUUUUUUUUCCCCUUGGUAUAUUGUUUACAAACUGACAGUUCUGAUAAAACAAAAAUUUAUUUUAGUAAAUUGGCUAUUGAUAGGACUAGAAGAAAAACAAAUGUUGAGCACCAGUUUAUUUAUACGGAUACAUCUUCCCAAUUUUUGAAAGACAAAUACUCUGAUUUAUGAAAACCUCAUUAAAAUUGGGGUGGGAGAAAUAUGAUGGUGAUGCAGGGAAAGGAUUCUAGUUGACUAAUAAUUUCAGAGUGUGUGUACCAUAUUUGAAAUAGCAUGGCAAAAAAUGGCUGGAAUAUUUUUGUAAUGUGCUGCAUUUGUUUUCCACUUUGAAUUUUGAUUAUGUGAAAAGCUGAUUACUGUAAUAACUGUAAAACAUGUUUUUGGACCUGUAGAUCUUAAGUUUUAAGUAAAUCCAAGUUGUGUAUUUUUGUCAUAGUUUUUAAAAAGAAAAUUUAAUUUUUUUUCAAACUCUUUGUAUAUAUUGACUCCAAAGAGAUAUUUAUUACAGUCUUAAAUGUUUUUAUUAAAAAUUGUUUGCUUUGCAAGACUGUUCAGGAUGGGGACUGAAUUAGUGUUCAAAAUACAGCUAGGCUGUUUCAUAGAAAUAGUCGAACUGUAUAGAGAAUUGGGUGACUAGAUAUUUAUUUUUCAUUAAAUUCAAAUAAAUGGGUUAUUUAUAUUGAAGUUUAUUUUCCAUUGAUAGGGGUCCAAGCAUUAAACUUGAUAAAUUUCCUGUGUAAAAUGUUUCAAAUAAAAAUGUUUAUUUAAGACGUUUUGUUUUUAAAUUAUUAGUAUCAUCGUAAUAUAAAGGUGGAGCUUUGGGAAGUAUACUUGUGUCCAUAUGUCAUAAUGUGUUUUACAUGUAUGGAUUUACUAUACAAAACACAGAUUCAUAUUUUACUUGAUAAUGUGAUUACAUUUUAUUUAUGGACACAGAUCUAUUAAUUCUUAGCAGGUGGUUUUUAAACAGUUCAAAUAAAGCAUGAAAAAUAACAUUGAAACAAUGCCUGCCUUUGAUUUAAAUACUGUCCUUUUCCAUAUAGAGGAAAUGCAAGUUUUGCUGUAUGGGGGAAUAUACCUGUUAUGUGUUCUGUCUUUGAGGUCUAGUAUGUUGUUAAAACUGUUGAAAGUUUCUGGGCCAGUAAAUUAUUUACUGUGUUUCAGAAAUAAAAAAUGCAAUUUUAAAACUGA